AUGAUAUCGUACAUGAUCGACGGAAAAGGAUUUCUCAUUAUCAAUCGUGACAUAGUAGCAGCGGAAAUAGAACCCUUCGAAUACACACCCACCAGGAAGAGUAAGCAAGGGAGAAUUUUUUAUAUUCAACACCCGAUGAAACAGCAACAAUCCGAAGUCCGACCGAAUAUUAUUGUUACGUACAACGGAGACUUCUUCGAUUGGCCGUUUGUUGAAACAAGGGCGCAAAUAAGAGGGAUGAGCAUGGAAAAUGAGAUCGGAUUCGCGAAAGAUUCCGCCGAUGAAUUCAAAUGCCGAAACUGUAUCCACAUGGAUGCGUUCAGAUGGGUAAAGCGGGAUUCCUACCUACCUGUUGGAAGUCAGAAUCUGAAAGCUGUUGCUAAAGCCAAAUUACGCUAUGAUCCAGUAGAAGUUGAUCCCGAAGAGAUGUGUAAAAUGGCACGAGAAGACCCACAGAGUUUAGCGAAUUACUCAGUUUCUGAUGCUGUAGCCACCUAUUACCUGUAUAUGAAAUACGUCCAUCCAUUCGUUUUUGCUUUGUGCACCAUCAUUCCGCUUGGUCCAGAUGACGUGCUCAGAAAGGGCUCAGGGACCUUGUGCGAAGCACUUUUGAUGGUGGAAGCUUUCCAUAGCAACAUCGUGUUUCCUAACAAAUAUACAGAAGAUGAUGAAUACAAAUCGACUAAGGAGUGCCAAAAGAUCGAGUCCGAAACGUACGUUGGUGGUCAUGUAGAGGCUUUAGAAGCAGGCGUGUUCCGGGCUGAUAUUCCGUGCAGCGGCUGCACUCGAGAGCUCCAUGAUUCGUACACGAGUAUGACACCUGGAGGAACACUCUUCCGACGAUGUGCAGAAGUUCAACAAGCCUUCACUGACCUGAUGGCUAUCCCUGCCAGGAUGGAAAACCCACGAAUUUACCACUUGGACGUUGGCGCCAUGUAUCCGAAUAUCAUUCUUACAAACAGGUUACAGCCAUGUGCGAUGGUCAAUGAGGAGAUAUGCAUGGCAUGUUGUUAUAAUCGUCCAGAUGCCAAGUGUAAAAGAGUCAUGAAUUGGGAAUGGAGGGGCGAACUGACUCCUGCCACGCGUGGUGAACUCCAACAAAUUGUCCAACAGCUGGAAGGGGAAACUUUUGGUAAACCAGCAAAAGCGUUCCAUCAAUUAGAAAAGGCUGAAAGGCAGGCUAUUGAGAAGAAAAGAAUACAAGACUAUUCUCGUCGUGUCUACGGUAAAACUCAUCUAACUCGCCUUGAAAUACGACAGACUAUGAUUUGUCAACGUGAAAACGCUUUUUACGUUGACACGAUUACAAAAGUGUUGAAAAAAGCUAAAUCAUCGCUCGAUGAACUGUCCAAAGACGAUAUCGCAGGCAUCAAAGCUGCCAAAGGUCGUAUCGUUUUAUACGAAUCUCUUCAACUUGCCCACAAGUGUAUUCUAAACUCUUUCUAUGGUUAUGUGAUGCGCAAAGGCAGCCGAUGGUUUUCCAUGGAAAUGGCUGGCAUCGUCUGCCACACUGGAGCUAAAAUCAUUACCGAGGCAAGGAAACUUGUAGAACAGAUUGGAAAGCCACUUGAGUUAGAUACCGACGGAAUAUGGUGCUUACUCCCGGCAUCUUUUCCUGAGAACGUCACCUUUGCUCUUCAGAACUGCAAACGAAAAUCUAUCACUGUGUCGUAUCCUGGUGCUAUGCUGAACGCUGUUGUGAACGCAGGCUUCACAAAUGAUCAGUAUCAUAAUUUGCAACCAGACGGGUCGUACACGAUCACACAAGAGAAUUCUAUUUUCUUCGAGGUGGAUGGACCAUACCAGUGCAUGGUUCUCCCUGCUUCAAAAGAGGAAGGGAAGAAACUCAAAAAGAGGUAUGCGGUGUUCAAUUUGGACGGAUCCUUGGCUGAACUGAAGGGUUUCGAAGUGAAAAGGCGUGGUGAACUCAAUAUUAUAAAACACUUCCAAUCAGACUUGUCUUGCAGCCUUUCUUUCGUGGAACGACCUGCGGAGGUCUACGAGAGCGCCUCACGUGAAGCGGACUACUGGCUUGAUGUUCUCUUUUCAAAAGGAGGGACACUGUCUGACGCCGAGUUGUUUGAUCUUAUCUCUGAAAAUAGAAGUAUGUCAAGAAACUGGACGGAUUACGGAGGUCAGAAGAAGUACGAUAUAGAUGCCGGCUUAGCAUGUAAAUUCGUCAUUUCACGUCACCCCAUUGGUGCUCCGGUGACUGAACGCGCCGUUCCCGUAGCCAUCUUUCAGGCUGAGGAGAAAGUUCGAUGUCAUUAUCUGAAACAAUGGACAAAGCAGCCCGGUCUACCUAUAGAGAAAAUGAACAUAAGGGAGGUUGGUAGCGCCUCCUCGGACUGGGAUACUACAAUUGAACGGAUUUGCGCGAAGCUGGUUAUACGAAAAACUCAUUUACCAAUCCCCUGCAGCAGCAAGGCAUUACCCAAUCCGUUUCAGCAGAAUUUCCGCAUCCCGGAUUGGCUUGCUAAUAAGAUAAAGAAUCGAUUUGAUGCUAUCCGCCAGCCAAGGAUCACAGAUCUUUUCCAAAAGAAGAGUCCGGACGAGUUACCCCCGCGCAGUCGAGAUGAGAUGGAGCUAGAGGAGACUAGUGAUAAAGACGAGGGGAACAAAGAAAACGACCCGAAGAAACAGCGUUCAGUACCUGAGAAAACCGCCGAAACUCUUACAAAGAAAACGCUUUCGCGUGACGGCUUUGACGAAUGGCUGCGAUAUCUGAAGAAGAAAUGGCGAUUAGCCAAAGUGAAUAAUCUCACCAGGAGAAAAGAAAGAGGAUCCACAAUGGUGGAACGAAUGUUGACAAAUACUCGAGAAUCUAUGCGAGAUAGGAUAUGGCAGAUACUGUCGAUAGAGGAGACGAUAACACCCGGUAUAUACAAUGUCUGGGUAGCUCUAGAAGGCCGAAUGGACAGAUUCCAGCUGCGAGUUCCUCGAAUUGUGAUCAUAAAUGAAAGGGAGCCCACAGAAGGCAGAGAUGUUGUACGCCGAGUGCUGCCUCAUCACAAAGCAGUACAUUACUUGUACGAACAUAUCAUAAGCGGAAGUACUGAACAGAAGCUUAUGAAUGAAAUCAAUGAAAAACUGUGCUGUUCACGUAUUGAAGGUAUUUAUGAGUCUCAAACUCCGUUGAUGUUCCGUGCAUUAACUCAGAUUGGAUGCCUUUGUCGUCCACUGGCUCCACCGAUUGGUGGAGUGUACUCGCUUGAGUCGCUGAGGAUGAUUCCUUUCUCGUCGGCUCAGUCCUAUCUAUUCAACGACUCUACUCGGACCGUGUUCCUUGUACAAGAUACGCGGCAAGUAUGGACGCUGAUUGAUUCUGCUUCCUCAACUGGUUCAUUUUUCAUAGUUCAACGCGGGGAAGUUGCAAUGCCAAACAUGGAUAGGAUGUAUUCUCAAAUAUAUGAUGAAGAGAAGGAUCAGAUGGCUUCCGGUGUUCAUAUUCAACAAGGUAUCAAGUUCACAACCCGUCAUUUCCGCGUUGCUGCUGAGGCCGAGAAGGAAAUCAACAAGGCGUUGCGGGUCUGUAGAGAGGCCAGUGUGAAGCCAACGCUAUUGUGUCUGCUCAUCGAUGAGGAACCGAGGGUAAUGGUGAGUUUGUAA